UUUAAGUUCUCUAAUAACAUUCUAAAUUUAAUAACUCAUUAUUAAUUGUGGUUUCUUAUAUCUUAUGAGUGUCCUUGAAGAGCAACCUAAGGGGAACAUCUUUAAGGCAUAGACCCAUCUAGAGUUGUUUUAAAAACUCGAAAAGCUCAAAUGGCUCUAGAACCCAGAGAAGCUGCAACCCUCGAUCCAGCAUGGAAAGAGGGACUUGAAGUAAUAAAAGUAAAGAUGGAGGAAGAAGAGGAUUACCUGUGGGGGAAGAAAGGUAUCCAGAAGAGGAACAGCCCUUCCACCCAGGAGAUCUCCCGCCUGCAUUUCAGGCAGUUUGGCUACAGUGACACACCUGGACCUCGAGAGGCUCUGAACAAACUUCGGGAACUUUGUCAUCAGUGGUUAAAACCGGAGAUACAUACAAAAGAGCAAAUUCUAGAGUUGUUGGUCCUGGAACAGUUCCUAACUAUUUUGCCAGAGGCCCUGCAGACCUGGGUGAGAGAUCAGCAUCCAGAGAGUGCAGAGGAGGUGGUUACUGUGCUGGAAGAUUUGGAGAGAGAACUUGGUGAAUCAGGACGUCAGGUUGUAUCCAUUACAGCCAGAGAGGCAGGGGCCUGGGAGAAGAUGACGCCUUUGAGAGCAGCACAGGAUGCAUUGAAUGUCCAGCCUAUGAACAUCCAGAUCAAGUGUGGGUCUCCAGAGCCCCAGUUCCUACAAGAAAGAGAUUUUGAGAUUGGUAUCAAGUGGUCUCUUCCAAAGCAGGAAUUUUCUGAAGAAGUAGAGUCAAAGGAGAAGAUAUCUGGAAGAUGCCCAAUGGAUGUUUCUCAGGGAGCCAAUACUGAAGAAGCCUAUGAAUGUGAAGACACUUUAAGUAAGCAACAGGAAAACAAAAUGGAGAAAGUAGAUGGCUCCCUUUCUCAGGAUGGAAAUUAUAUGUUAGUGACCAUCCCUUCUGAAAAAACUCCCUUAGGAGAGAAUGGCCAUAAAUAUGAUGAGUGUUUGUGUAGUUGCCAUUUGAACUCAAACCUGGUUGCACAACAAAGAGUUCCAAUAGGAGAGAAACUCCAGAUAUCUGCUACAAAUGACCAAAACUCUAGACAGAAUUCAUCUUCUAGUGUACAUCAAAUAAAUCAGACUAUCCAGAAACCAUUCGAAUGUAACGAAUGUGAGAAAACCUUCAAGCAGAACUCAGAACUUCGAAAACAUCAGGGAAUACAUAUAGGAGUGAAACCCCACAAAUGUACUCAGUGUGGAAAAGCAUUUAGCCGACGUUCUUACCUUAGGAAACAUCAAAAAAUUCAUACUGGAGUGAAACCCUAUUCUUGUAGUGAAUGUGGGAAAGCUUUUAGGGUAAGCUCAGACCUUAUUCAACAUCAAAGAAUUCAUACUGGAGAUAAACCCUAUCAUUGUAGGGAGUGUGGGAAAGCCUUCAACCAGAACUCUUCCCUUAUUCAACAUCAGAGAAUUCAUACUGGAGAGAAACCCUAUGAAUGUGAUGAAUGUGGGAGAGCCUUCAAUCAACGCUCAGCUCUAACUCAACAUCAGAGAAUUCAUACUGGAGAGAAGCCCUAUGAAUGUAAAGAAUGUGGGAAACCCUUUAGACAUUGGUCUGGCCUUAUGACACAUAGAAGAGUACACACCAGGGCGCUAGAGAGAAAAAAACAAAUGGAUCCGAAGAGCGAACCCCAAGUGCUGGAUAAACAAAUGCCCCAAACUCUGGGAAAAGCGGGCAGGUUGGGCCGCGAAGGUAGUAUCAGAGCCUUCAACCGCCUAAAGGAACACGGACUUUGCUCCCGAGCCCCGAGAGUUUGGCCGAAGUCUACGGCUAAGACGCCAACCCGCACCCCACCCUCCGCGAUGACGUCACCGGAGCGGGACCAUCCCGAUUUCCCCGCGCCAAACUCCAUCCUGGGGUUUCUCGGCCUCAUCUCCAGCCAUCGCCAUCUUCCCUGUGGGCAAGGAGUACAAAUGGCUGUGGAAUCUAGAGAGGCUGUAGCCUUGGAUGCCCAGAAUCCAGCCGGAAAAGAGAGACUUCAGGUUGUAAACAUGGAAGAGGAAGAGGAUUACUUAUGGGGAGAAAAAGGUAGCCAGAAGAGGAACAGCCAUUCCACUCAGGAGAUCUUCCGCCUGCGUUUCAGGCAGUUUGGCUAUUAUGAUACACCUGGACCCCGAGAGGCUCUGAACAAACUCUGGGAACUUUGUCAUCAGUGGCUAAGACCAGAGAUACAUACAAAAGAGCAAAUUCUAGAGCUGUUGGUCCUAGAACAGUUCCUGACUAUUUUGCCAGAGGACCUGCAGACUUGGGUGAGAGAUCAGCAUCCAGAGAGUGGGGAGGAAGUGGUUACUGUACUGGAAGAUUUGGAGAGAGAACUUCUUGAACCAGGACAACAGAUCGUAUCCAGAGAGGCAGGGGCUUGGGAGAAGAUGGCACCUUUAGGAGCAGCUCAGGAUGCACUAAAUGUCCAGCUUCAGCCUAUGAACAUCCAGAUCAAGUGUGGGUCUCCAGAGUCUCAAUUCUUACAAGAAAGAGAUUUUGAGACUAGUACCAAGUGGUCCCUUCCAAAGCAGGAACAUUCUGAAGAGGUAGAGUCACAGGAAAGGAUAUCUGGAAGAUUUCCAAUGGGUGUUUCUCAGAGAACCAAGAUUGAAGAAGUCUAUGAAUGUGAAGGCUCUUUAGAUGAGCAACAGGAAAACAACAUGGAGAAAGUUGAUGGAUCCCUUUCCCAGGAGGGAAUUAUGCUAGUGACCAUCCCUUCUGAAAAAACUCCCUUAGGAGAGAAUGGUGAUGAGUAUGAGAGUCUGAGUAGUUGCCAUUUGAGCUCAGACUUGGUUAUACAACAUAGAGUAGAAAAACCCUAUAUGUCUAAUACAAAUGACCAAAACACUAGACAGAAUUCAUCUUCUAGUGUACAGCAAAGAGAUCAGACUGUCAAGAAACCAUUUGAAUGUAAUGAAUGUGAGAAAACCUUUAAGCAGAACUCAGAACUUCGAAAACAUCAGAAAUGUCACAUGGGAGUGAAACCUCACAAAUGUACUCAGUGUGGGAAAGCAUUUGGCCGUGGUUCUGAUCUUAGGAAACAUCAAAGAAUUCAUACAGGAGAGAAACCCUAUUCAUGUAGUGAAUGUGGGAAAGCCUUCAGGGGGAGCUCAGACCUUAUUCAGCAUCAAAGAAUUCAUACUGGAGAUAAACCCUAUCAUUGUAGGGAAUGUGGGAAAGCCUUCAAUCAGACCUCUUCCCUUAUUCAGCAUCAGAGAAUUCAUACUGGAGAGAAACCCUAUGAGUGUAAUGAAUGUGGGAGAGCUUUCAAUCAAAGCUCCGCUCUUACUCAACAUCAGAGAAUUCAUACUGGAGAGAAGCCCUAUUCAUGUAAAGAAUGUGGGAAACCUUUUAGGCAUUGGUCUGGCCUUAUGACACAUCGAAGAGUGCACACCAAACUUUGACCCUAUGCAUAUUCUGAAUAUGAAAAAUCUUCAGACAACUUUGUAACUUUUGUUAAGUCGCAGAAAACACAUACUGGGAUCAUAAUCCCAUAUAGUGAUUAUGAGCUCUUCAAGGGCAGGACCUAUGUUUGUCUUAUUCGGUUUGGUCCUUGCCAGAGUGCCAUGUGCCUAUGAGAAAUAAGGUUUAUUUUGUGAUAGGUUAAUCUAAGUAAUGAAUGGGGAAGAGGAAACAUUAUUUACCUCCUCCUUUGACUUAGGAAACUCAAGGAAUGUGAAAUAAAUGGGAAUGUAAUAUCUUGAGAUGGAGUUUAGCUACUCCAAGAAACUAUGGAUUGGACAUAGCUAUUUUGCUUUGCCCUUUUUGCCAAGUCCAGGAGUCCCUAUAUUUGUUGUCAGUUGUCAUUGAGAUCAGGGUGAUGUAGAUAUUGUUGGUAGACUCUCCCUCUGGGUAUGAUCAUUCCCUCCCCCCUUCCUGACCUCCAGGGGCAUUUGUCUCUGAGGAACAGAAUUACAUGAGGAGAGUGAUUCCAAUAUUUUUUUCCCAUGGGAAUAAAUGAACAUAGUCUUCAUGUCUCUGAAGAGGUUUGAUGGUGGGGGGUGGGGGUAGGGGUGGUAGUUAUUAGUA